UUUCGAGGAGAGGAGAGAUUUGAGAGCGACUCGAGUCGAGGGAGGGACUGAGAUCUCAAAUAUCGAUCUCUUCUUCUUCUUCUUCAUUCUCUCUCUCUCUAGAAACCCUAGAUUUGGUGCUUUUCCUUCUUCUUGUUCAAUGGAGGCCUCUCCGCCCCUGCCGAUCUUCUCAUGGAUCGCCAUGGCGAUCCUGCUCUCCAUCGCGCCAGCUGGAUGCUUCUAUCUCCCCGGCGUAGCUCCGGCGGACUUCCAGAAGAAAGAUCCACUGACGGUGAAAGUGAACAAACUGACUUCUACAAAGACCCAGCUUCCAUAUUCUUAUUAUUCUCUUCCUUACUGUAAGCCACAGACUGUAAUUGACAGUGCCGAAAACCUUGGGGAAGUGCUCCGUGGUGAUCGUAUUGAAAACUCUCCCUAUGUGUUUGAAAUGAGAGAGCCCAAGAUGUGCCAUAUUGUCUGCAAGGUAACUCCCAAUGAAAAAGAAGCAAAGGAACUUAAGGGAAAGAUAGAGGAUGACUACAGGGUUAAUAUGAUCCUUGACAAUCUUCCCCUAGUUGUUCCUGCCAAAAGACUGGAUCAUGAUUCUCCAACGAUAUACCAACAUGGCUUUCAUGUUGGCUUCAAAGGCCAAAAUGCUGAAAGCAAGGAAGAAAAACAUUUUAUCCACAACCAUCUAUCCUUUCUUGUUAAGUAUCACAAGGAUUUAGAAACAGACCUUGCGAGGAUAGUGGGAUUUGAGGUCAAGCCCUUCAGUGUUAAGCAUGACUAUGAAGGUGACUGGGAAGAAGGCAAGACUAGGCUGAUUACCUGUGAUCCUCAUGCAAAACGGAUAGUUACAGGCUCCGAAUUUCCACAAGAGGUGGAAGAGAAGACAGAUAUUAUAUUCACUUAUGACGUUGAAUUUCAGGAGAGUGAUGUGAAGUGGGCAUCCCGGUGGGACACUUACCUCCUAAUGAAUGAUGACCAAAUCCACUGGUUCUCCAUCGUCAACUCACUAAUGAUUGUCCUCUUUCUCUCUGGCAUGCUGGCCAUGAUCAUGUUACGUACUCUGUACCGAGACAUCUCCAAAUACAACCAGCUCGAAACCCAAGAAGAGGCCCAAGAAGAAACUGGCUGGAAAUUAGUCCAUGGCGACGUCUUCAGGCCUCCAUCCAACUCCGAUCUUCUGUGUGUCUAUGUAGGCACUGGCGUCCAAUUCUUUGGUAUGUUACUUGUGACAAUGAUGUUUGCUGUUCUUGGCUUCCUAUCCCCCUCAAACCGAGGAGGAUUGAUGACAGCAAUGCUCCUUCUUUGGGUAUUUAUGGGCAUUUUUGCUGGAUACUCCUCUUCAAGACUCUACAAGAUGUUGAAGGGUUCAGAGUGGAAGAGAAUUGCUCUGAGGACAGCGUUCAUAUUCCCCGCUACUGUUUUUUCCAUCUUCUUUGUGCUCAAUGCUCUUAUAUGGGGAGAGAGAUCUUCUGGUGCUGUGCCCUUCACCACCAUGUUUGCCCUUGUCUUGCUUUGGUUUGGUAUCUCGGUUCCUUUGGUCUUUGUAGGAAGUUAUAUCGGGUUCAAGAAGCCAACCAUUGAGGACCCUGUUAAGACCAACAAAAUCCCUAGGCAAAUCCCAGAACAAGCGUGGUACAUGAACCCAGUCUUUUCAAUUCUAAUUGGCGGAGUCCUUCCUUUCGGAGCAGUGUUCAUCGAGCUCUUCUUCAUUCUAACCUCAAUUUGGCUUCACCAGUUCUACUACAUAUUCGGCUUCCUCUUCUUGGUCUUCAUCAUACUUAUAGUUACUUGUGCUGAGAUAACCAUCGUGCUGUGUUACUUCCAGCUUUGCAGUGAAGAUUACUUGUGGUGGUGGAGGUCUUAUUUGACCUCAGGCUCUUCUGCACUCUACCUCUUCUUAUACGCGAUGUUUUACUUCUUCACGAAACUGGAUAUAACCAAGCCAGUUUCUGGGAUUUUGUACUUCGGCUACAUGCUCAUUGCUUCGUAUGCCUUCUUUGUGCUCACGGGGACUAUAGGCUUCUAUGCUUGCUUCUGGUUCACGAGGCUCAUCUAUUCAUCGGUUAAAAUCGAUUAAAAUCAUUGGAGGAUUGUUCGAUUUAACCUCCACAUUCUGAGUAGCCAUGUCAUUCGAUAUUGUGAUUCCAUUAGGUUCUCUAGGAUGAGCAGCUUCUUUAAUACCCUUUUUAACUUUUUAGUUAUUGUUUCUAGUGAUUAAGAGGGGCGUCUAUUGUAUGUUAUCAAUAAUUUAUAAAAAAAAAUUCUUAUGAGUUUUGUCCUUGUUA